CAAGCCAUUCUGCUAUUGCUUCUCUACAUUCCAAAUUCUGAAAUUGCACUACUCCUACUUCUGCUGGAAAUGUCACUGAUCAUCUGGCCUUGAUAGCCUUCAACUCUAAGAUUUCAAAUGAUCCUCAGGGGAUUUUGAAAUCCUGGAAUGAUUCUAUCCACUUUUGCUGUUGGACGGGCAUCCCUUGCGGUCAUAGAAGAGCCAGAGUAACCAUCUUGAAUCUAUCAUCCAGGGGCUCGGUGGGUCCUUUGUCUCCUUCCAUAGGGCACUUGAGCUUCCUUCGCAAGAUUAGACUUUCAAACAACACCUUUCUGGGGGAAUAUCCCACCUGAAAUUGGUCAUUUAUUCAGAUUUUUUCUUGGAGGAAAUAACCUCUCCGGAUCUCUAUCUUCAAAAGUUAGUCAACUGAGAAACUUACGCACAGUACUGGAUGUAUCUAUGAACAAGCUGUCUGGAGAAAUCCCAAAUAACCUAAGUGAAAGCCUUGAGAUUUUAACCUAAGUGCAAAUCUCUUACAGGGAAGCAUUCCUCCAUCUUUAAGCUCUAUCAACAACUUAACUGGUAAGAUACCUCAAUACAUGGAAAAGUUAGUAUUGGAGUCUCUGAUUUAUCUUUCAAUAAUUUGGAAGGAGAGGUUUCAACAAAAGGUAUUUUUGCAAAUGCAAGUGUAGUGUUUGUUGAAGGAGACAAGAAGUUUUGUGGGGGAAUUGCAGAACUUAGGUUGCCCAACUGCAGCAUCAAAUAUGAAGAGGUGGGAAAGCUUUCACCAGGAUAGAUAAUAAUGAUAAUAAUAACAGUUGCCUUUCUGAUGAGUACAGGAACAAUCAUUAAGUCUUUCUUCCUGUUUGGCUGGUCUAAAAAGAAAAGCAAAGACCAGUCUUCUGUAUCCCACUUGAGGAAGCCAUUUAGGCAACUUUCUUAUGAAGCUUUGCUCAAAGCAACCGAUAGGUUUUCUUCGUCAAAUGUAAUUGGAAAAGGGCGCUUUGGUUUUGUCUAUAAAGGAGUUCUUCAAGAAGAUGGAACUAAUGUUGCAAUCAAAGUACUUGAUCUCAAGCAUCGACGAGCUUCCAAGAGUUUCAAAGCAGAGUGUAAAGCCUUGAGGAACAUUCGUCAUCGGAAUAUUGUAAAGAUUAUAACUUGUUGCUCCAGUAUCGAUUUCAAAGGUAAUGAUUUCAAGGCUUUGAUUUAUGAGUUGAUGGCCAAUGGAAGCCUGGAAAUUUGGCUCCAUUCAUCUGGUCAGGAAGCAAAUAACAGGCAAGGCAUAGCCCAAAGUCUUACUCUUUUACAAAGGAUAAGCAUUGCUAUUGACGUUGCUUCUGCUCUUGACUACCUUCAUCACAAUUGUCGGAAGCCAAUCGUUCAUUGUGAUUUGAAGCCGAGCAACAUUCUUCUUAACAAUGAUAUGACUGCUCAUGUCGGAGACUUUGGGCUUGCAAGAAUUAUUUCAGGGCCAAGAAAGCCAAAAGUGAGGAGGUCGAUUGGAGUAAGGGGAACAAUUGGGUACACCGCUCCAGAGUAUGGCAUGGGAAGGGAGGUUACAGUACAGGGAGAUGUAUACAGUUAUGGAAUUCUAGUGUUGGAGAUGAUGACAGGAAAGAGACCAACAGACAGUCUCUUUGAAGGUGGCCUCAAUCUUCAUAACUAUGCCAAAACGGUAUUACCUGAUCAAGUUAUGGAGAUUGCAGACCCAAAGCUCGUACACGAAGCUCAAGCAGCUACCAUUAACAAUCAGAUUCGUGUUCGGGCCCGAUCUCACAGCCCAAGGGAUUGUCUGAUCUCUAUGAUUAGAAUUGGCGUGGCAUGUUCUGUGGAGUCACCUCAAGACCGGAUGACCAUAAGUGCUGUUCUCACUGAGCUGCAUCUGAUAAGGAACAAUCUUCUACGAAACCAAGCACACUACUAGCACAUCUCUAGCCUCUGGAUCUGAAUGUUAUUC